AUGCGGACGCUCUCGACAAGCACUCCGGGUUCGCGUUUGGCUUGUUCCCGUCAAGGGUGCCAUCAUGAGGGCAAGUACCGGUAUGUGUGUCGUCAGCAAGAAUGCCCUGGCAGACAUGGACAUUUGCCCGACGGCACACCAAUCAGAGCUCCAGUGACUCUGAUACUGUGCAAGCUUCACCGGAACGGGAGUUGUCCCGGCUGCAGGCAAGUCAUGGCACCUAGUGACAUAGCAAUAAUGACGGACGAGAUCUGCAGCCUGACUACCGAGACCAGCGAUGCAGACAUACACCUCGACGAAGAGCAUGCAGCUUCGUUUUCUGCAAAAGCUCAAGACUUGCUGUUGCUGUGGCAGAAAGGCUCUGAUUUUGAAUUUGAAGCGAACCGCCUCUGUGGCAACCUCAACGAGAUGUGGAGGAAGUGCUUCGAUGCACUCCAUCUUCCAGGGAUCCAAAGAGUCUCGCCAAUGCCCCAGCAGCUGUGUGAGGUCUUUGUGGUUGCCUGGGGCCUGUCUUCGGAUGUUGUGUGGGUGCAAGAAGCUUGCGAAUCCGAGCUGGUUGUAAAGGUCUUGGGUCUUCUCCAGCAGCCGACGGCCCUCGAACCUUUCUUCUGUGGUUCCAAGCGCUUUCUUCCGGCAGAUCUCGGCCUGCUGGUGAUUGAAGGGCUUGCGAGCAACGAGGGAUGUCGCAAGCAGGCCUAUGACCAGGAUGUUUUCGGGCGGACAAAGAGCCUACUAUUCGAUUCUCAAGACUCAACUCACCCAACAACUGAAGAAAGGCACGGCCUUGCUCUUACAGCCUUGCUAUUAGUCACCAAAUUUCUCCACGAAGACCCAAGUUGCGGACAAUCUGUCAAACGAGCAGAAGUCUUGGAUUGCAUCAUUUCGAUUCUAGGCAGAGCGGGUAGAAUGAAGGUUUCGGAGUUGUUCUUGGCGAGGGUUGGCCGACCCUUGCACCUGUGGCAAGAUGACCCUGCUUCUGAGGAGCAUGUGCUUGUUCUUGCUCGGUUUUCCGACCCUGAGUUUCUGCAGUCUCCAUCUUCGGAUUUCCUAGCGCUGAUUCGCAAGCUGGCCGCGGAUCAAGAUUUUGUUCAAAAAGCUCUCCAACCCGAGUACAAAUUCGUCAGAGCCAUGUUGAGCAUCCUUGGUGGGCGUGGAGGUUCUGAGGCUUCAGCUGCAGCAUUGCACUGCCUGGCCAACACAGCAUUGAACCUUUCUCCUCAUGACGUGUAUGGUCCCGGCCAGUUCGAUCAGAGCAAGCAUUCAUGCUCUGUUGUGUUUAUGAAGUGGCUUGCGCGCACACGCUGGCAGAAGUUUUGCAAGGAGUUGUUGCGUGGCGAAGAGCAUCUCUGUCGCUUGCUGCAUAAGCUUAAAUGCAACUCUUCGCAUAUGCUGGAACACUCCGUGCUGCUUCUGGCUGCUCUCAUGUUCCACGAUGAAUCUGGGCUCCUGGAGGACAAGUAUUGGGAUGCAGGAUUGUUCCACAAGGCUCGCCUUGCCUUGGGAGCAGUGCCGUGGAUGUCAACAGCUCAAUCUGCGAGUAGUCUUGGCCCCGGUAUAUCCACGGACUACUGGGAACAAAAGUUCCAGGAGUUCAAGUGA